AUGCUAAACGACUCAACAUUAUCGACUAUUCUAUUUCGUAUUGAACAUUUAUUUGAUGGCCAAUCAUCAUCAUCAAACAAAAUGUUACCGAGAAAUACUGAAAAUUUAUUUCCUAUUUCAACAUCAAAUGAUUUUCUUCCUGAUCUUACUCUUAGUAAUGAUAUUGUUGAUGAACUAGAUUGUUAUCUAAAAAAUGGUGAUGAUGUUUCUAAUCGCAGCCAUACAUCAUCACCAUUAAUUGCUCCAUCAUCUGUCUCAUUAAAACAACAAACAUCAUCUAAAUUUCAAUUUAUAUUAAAUGCUCUAACAGCAUCAUCAGCAAAAAUUAAUGAAGAAACAACAACUUAUUUAAAUCAAGAUCAACCAUAUGAAAUUAAAUUUCAUGUCAAUAAUACAUCAUCAUCAGAAAAUUUUCUUCCAACUAUUUAUCGUUCUAUAUUACGUUUAUGUUUUUGGGAUAAAAUAUUACAAAAUCAAGAGCGUGAAUUAGUGCAAAAAUGGUUAAAUGAAUAUAAAUCAAUAUCAUUAUUUGAUAUUGAUAUGAAUUUAACUUAUGGAAUUUUAUCAAUCAUACGUGCAAGACAAAUACCAAAUGCUAUUGAAAUUGUUUGGGAUGCAACUACAACAACAUCACUAUUUAUUCGUUUCAAAUGUACAUCAACUGAUUUUGCACUCAAACGACAUGGUGGAGAAAAAGGUAUACCAUUACGUAUACAAAUAGAUACAUAUCAUGAAAAUGAUGUUAAUGAUAUACAACAUUUAUAUUCAUGUUGUUGUAAAAUUCAAUUAUUUCGUCUAAAAGGUGCGCAAAGAAAAAAUAAAGCAGAUAAAAUGAGAAUUGAAAAACUAAAUAUUGAUCAACGUCGACAUUAUCAAACAACACUUGAACAUACUGUUUUACAACCAUGUGUUGUUUCAUCACUUUAUACACUUAAUCUUCUUACUCUAUCUUAUGCACCGGAUGAUUUGUCUAAUGUUGAUACACAAUCGACGAUGACAACGGAAAAUAUCACAGAAGAAAAAAAAGAUUGUGAAAAUAAUUUACAAGAAAAUCGAAAUAAUAGUACUGGAUAUCUACCAUCGCCUUUAUCGGAUAUGAAACAUACGUAUUCUGACUUACGAAAUACUGAAGUUCAAAAGGCAACAAAAAUUACUGUACAAUCAUCAUGUGAAGAAGUAUUAAAUUGGUUAAAUAAUAAUAAUUUUUCUUCGGUUAUUAAUCAAUUUCAACAUUAUACAGGCAUUGAUCUUCUACGAUUGACUAUGAAUGAUAUUCGUCGAAUAUGUAAUAGUAAUGAUUCUAUUAGUAUUCGUCUUUAUAAUCAAUUACAUGAAACUGUUGUAGCACCAUUAAAAAUUCUUUAUGUUAAAACUACCAAUACAGAUCUUUAUUCCGCUAUUUAUUUACAUACAUUAACUAGACAUGAAUUAGAAGAAAAAAUUUUCGAAUUAAUUCAACAAACUCAUCAAGAAAAAUAUAAUUUAAUCGACGAUUUUUUUUCAUUAAAAAAAAUUGUUGAUAGUGGUGCUGAUAUUGCUAUUGUUGGUGGAGGAUUUCUUGGUAGUGAAUUAGCAUGUGCUUUAGGACAUCGAGCAAAAGAACGUGCUAAAAAUGGAAAGCCAAGUGGAAAAGUUAUUCAACUUAUGCCGGAAAAAGGUAAUAUUAGUAAAGUAUUACCAGAAUAUUUGAGUAAAUGGGCAACAGAUCGUGUUCGAGAUGAGGGUGCUGAAGUAUUAACAAAUGUUGAACUUGUGAAUGCUUCAAUUCAAGAUGGAAAAGUUAAUUUAGCUUAUAUUGAUCCAAAAGCACCACAAAAAACAAGUUAUAUGACUGCUGACCAUGUUCUAGUUGCUGUUGGUAUAGAACCAAAUACUGACUUAGCAAAAUCAGCUGGUUUAGAAAUUGAUCCUGAUCAAGGUGGUUUUCUAGUUAAUGCUGAACUUCAAGCUCGUCAUAAUGUUUGGGUUGCCGGUGAUGCAGCAUCUUUUUAUGAUAUUAAAUUAGGUCGACGUCGUGUUGAACAUUAUGAUCAUGCUAUUGUCAGUGGAAAAUUAGCUGGAGAAAAUAUGACAGGUGCUCAUAAACCGUAUUGGCAUCAAUCAAUGUUUUGGUCUGAUUUGGGCCUAAAAGUUGGUUUUGAAGCUAUUGGUUUAACUGAUUCAGAUUUACAAACUGUAGCUGUUUAUGCUAAACGACAGCCAGAAGAUGAAGAACCACAAGAAGAUAGUGAAGGAAAUCGAGAACAAAAAGAAGUAGCAUCAACAACUAAUGAAUUAAAACAUAAAAUACCAGAAACCAAAACAUCGACAACUACAAUAGAUAAUAAGAAUGAUUAUAGUAAAGGUGUUGUGUUCUAUUUAAAAGAAAAUAAAGUUGUUGGCGUUGUUCUUUGGAAUGUAUUUAAUCGAAUUCCUAUUGCACGAAAGAUAAUCAAAGAUCAACAAGAAAUUACUGAUUUUCAGGAACUUGCAAAACUUUUUAAUAUUCACAAAGAUUAG